AUGUCCGUCACGACAAAAGCCACCAUCGCCUCCUUCGGCGGCAAGCUCCUCAAGCUCACCCACGCCGCCACCUCCACCAAAUGUGAAAUGGGCUUCAACCUCUACCUGCCCCCUCAAGCCUUCCAGAACCCCUCCUCCAAGGUCCCCGUCCUCAUCUAUCUCUCGGGUUUGACCUGCACGGCCGAGAACUGCUCCGAGAAGGGCUUCUUCCAGCACGGUGCGAGCAAGAAGGGCAUUGCCGUGCUGUAUCCUGAUACGAGUCCUCGCGGCCUCAACAUCCCCGGCGAAGCCGACAGCUACGACUUCGGCACCGGCGCGGGCUUCUAUGUCGACGCGACCAAGCCGCCCUACGACAACGGAUACAACAUGUACACGUACAUCACAGAGGAAUUGCCCGCUACGGUAUUUGCCGCGUUCCCGCAGCUGGAUAGUGAGCGGGUGAGUAUUACGGGUCAUAGUAUGGGUGGACAUGGGGCUUUGACUUUGUUCCUCCGCAACCCCGGCAAAUACAAGUCCGUGUCUGCGUUCGCGCCCAUCACCAACCCGAUUAACUGCCCGUGGGGACAAAAGGCCUUCUCGGGAUACUUUGGGGAGGAUCAGCAGGAGAAGUGGAAGGAGCAUGAUGCUACGGAGUUGGUGAAGAAGUGGAAGGGUGGGAGGUUGGAUGUUUUGAUUGAUGUUGGCACCGGAGACAACUUUUACAAGCAGGGCCAGCUUCUUCCUGAGAACUUUGAGAAAGCUGCCAAGGAGGCCGGCGUGGAGGGCGUGACGAUUCGGUAUCAGCCUGAUUAUGAUCACAGUUAUUAUACUAUGGCUACGUUCUCGGAUGAUCAUGUGGAGCAUGCGGCGAAGUUUUUGUUUGCUUAG